GUCAAAUCAAAACACGAAGGGGGGAAUAGUAUGUAAUUCGUUUUAUUCAGUAUGUAAAUAUUAGUUUGCUUUCCGUAAGCAGGACAAGUAAUGCGAAAUGUUAAGCGAUCAUUCUAAUUAAUACAGUGACCAAAAACAAUGACAACUUUACUCGUUUCGGCUGCAGAGUUUUCGAACAUUAUAUCAGUAUUUGCAGUGCUGUUGUGUUUCUGUGCUAUGAUUUUAUUCAUAACAAGAAAUAUGCUAAUACUGCGAGUUCAUGGGGAAGAUUUUGUAUUUCCCACGCCAUUACAUCAAGUUGCUCCUAGAAUACCUCAGAUGAACAUGAUGAAAGUUCAUAUUCCUUUUACAUUUAAAUUACUGGAAACAUCCACCUCAUCUUAUUCAGAAUUGCAAUGUUGCACUUCAAGUCAAGUAAAAUAUGGAAUACAAGUUUAUUGGGGGGUAAAUAUAAGGGAAUUGCACAUUUUUCUGUGGAGACCGUGGGUCGAUCUGAGGGACGCUUGUCUUCGGGGCGAUUUUUUGCAGGGAUUCUACCAAUAUUUGGGCCCUCAGUUGGUGAAAAAGUCGCACUCCGAUGAAAAUUUGGUUUUAAAAUUAGAAAAUAAAUUAGAACUGGGCUCACCGCCUAGAUUGUGCUAUCCUCUGGUCGUUAUUUUAUAUCGAAACGACGUCAACGAAAGCAUUCAUCCUGACGAAACUGUGGCGCUAAUUAACGUUAUACAUAUUAAAGACUCUGUGUGUACCUUACCUACCAGCAUAUUAGCGCAGUAUUUGAAGCAGGCCAACGGGCAGUUAUCCUGCUUAAAACAAUUGUACCUUGCGACCGGUAACUCCGGCGGUUACGAGGAAGGGCAAAUACCACUGGCUGUGGCCGAGCCGGUCGAAGGAGGUCCGGAGCCCAUGGGCAGGCACCUGGUGUGCCGGACCAGCGAGGAUUCCACGUUGUGGAACAGCUCGGGAGAGCAACUGUGCGUCGUUUGUCAAUAUUUCCCGUUGUCCAGGGCGCUGUUACCGUGCAGGCACACGUGCAUUUGCGCCAGUUGCUUUGACAAGCUGGACCGGUGUCCGAUGUGUCGAGGGCCGAUAAAGAGCUAUUUCUGCAUUCGGGGAGAGGAAUAUAUGCCGAUUUCGGCGAAUAACAAAACCCAGGAUCCCCAUCACGGGCCUUUGUACAAUUGGUUGCACCAUUGGGACGAUCGCUUGACGGAUUUCCUCGGGUUUCAGCGAUAACCAAGACUCGAUGAGAUUACGAGGAAAAGGAAUGAUCUAUAGCAAAAACUAAGGUGACGAAAAUUCGGAUAUUUUUUAUCUCGUUAUCGAAAAUGUUGGGUAAAUUAUCGUUUCAAAUUGUAAACUUGAAAAAGCAGUUCAGGUAGAAACGAAACAUUCGAAAAGGUGCAUCAGUUUGUUAAAAUUAAUGAAGAUGGCAAUAAAACUUCGACUCGAUUGAUUUCACAUGAUUUUUGACGCUGUUAUAGGACUUUGACCGAUUAUCCUUAAAAUUCGUCCAGUGUUUUGUGAUUAUUUAUUAACAAGUCCAGUAUGAUUUCGUGUAAAAGAUAAAUCUACAAGAGGUAACCGUUUUUAUGUUUCCUAAUUUUGUAAUUUUUCUAAAUAUACGAUUUGAUACAAGAGGUUAAUAAAUGGCUGGAAUUGCUCAAGAAAACGAUUAGAUACUAAUUGUCAAAGUCUUAUUUUAAUAUUUCAUACACCUUAUUUAAUUGAGAAAAUUAUUUUUUUUGUAUAUUAAAAAUGACUGAUAUAUUUUUGCAUAUUGAUGAAGGCGAUUGAUUUGAUAGUUUGCCAUAAAUUUAGAGGUAAUUUUCUUUAAGUAGGUAGUUAUAAAAAUGUUCUACGGUCGUUUUUUAUGUAACAAGUAGCUGCAGAUUUAACAAUUAAGUACGUUUAUGUAUUAAUUUAGGUACUCUUUGUGUUUAAUGAAAUUCAUCGCAUAUUUUUCAAUUCAUUUAGUCAUAUUUCACUAUAACUUGCUUCUUACUCGCUCAUUUUAGAGGUAAAAGAAAGAAAAUUUCGGAUUGUUUGCAUAACACUAACAUAAUUUAUUAUUGUAUAAUAAGUUUUACAUGUAUCUGCCGUCCUUUUAGUUCAAUAAUUUCGAAUUGAUAUUAUUUAUUUCCGUCGUAUUGUCACUUGUAGUUUAGAAGUAGUUCUUCGUGAUUUCCAUUGUAUAAAUUUAAUAGGUAUAUUUACUAUUUUAAUAUUUAUAUGACUAGCCUGUGAUAAUAAAUUCAAUUUAUUUAUA